AUGAAGAUUUCGCCAACCAAAUCCCUUUAUGGGCUCCAGAAAGUUAGUUGUCCAAAAGGAACUGUUCCUAUUCGAAGAGUCACUAAAAAUGAUCUCAUUCAAGACAAAUAUUUAUUCAAUGAUCGUAAACUAACUCAAAAUAGCUUUCGCACUAGUACUGCUCAUGUAUUACUUUCACCUUCCGGUGGUCCUUACGGUGGUCCUUACUAUGGAGUAAAUGGAACUACUAGUGUUUGGCAUCCAAGUGUUGUUAAGGGUCAAGAAAGUGCAGGGCAUUUAUAUGUCCAAAAUGGAAAUGGAGAUGGUACUAAUAAAAUUGUAGCUGGAUGGCAUGUAUUUCCACAAUUAUAUAAUGAUAAUUAUACACAUCUAUACACAUAUUGGAAGUCAGGUAAUGCAAAUGGAUGCUACAAUAUAUUGUGCAGCGGUUUCGUUCAGACCGCCCAAAUAUAUUCCGUUGGUUCACGCAUAUCUCGUACAUCAAUCUAUCGUGGCACUAUGACUGAGUUGCCAAUUUCUCUUGUUCAGGAUCCAGCAAGCAAAAAUUGGUGGUUAUCUGUGGCAUUUAAGACAAUUGGAUAUUUUCCGGCACACUUGUUCUCUAACUUGAAAGAAGCUGAUGAAGUGGGAUGGGGUGGGGUUACAGUAACUCCUUCGGGUACUGAUAGUCCUGCGAUGGGAACAGGAGGUCUCCCAAAUGGUGAUUUUGGUUACGCUUGUUAUUUUAGGAACGUUGCAUAUCAAACCGUAUCCAGAAAAUUUAUUGGACCCGCAACACGUUUAGCAGCCACAUUAAACGAUUGCCCUAAUUGCUAUAAUGUUCGCUACUAUGGAGAUAAAGGAGGACAAUUUGGAUAUUCUCUUCAGUUUGGAGGACCUCCAUGUUACUGUGGAAAGUAA